GCUAUCCAGAAUCUUACCAAUCAUUUCUCAACUACGUCCUUAGUUUUCGCUGUUGUUGUCGUCUGCGUCCUCCCAUUUGCACGACCGCCAGCCCCAGCGCGUACAUUCAGUACGAGAUCCUUCAACCACGGUAGUCAUAUCGGCCUACACGUGAGCCUUUAUUAUUAUUAUUAUUAUUUUUUUUUUUUCUGAUAGUACAAGAAAGUAAUACUAAUGUCCCUUAUAUCCAACAGAAAAAGACCUAGAGGUUUCAGUGAGACGUUCAACGCGUCCCACACUACAAAGACAUCAACAACCGGGACUUCCAUCAUUGGUUUGGAAUUUGACCCAAACAGUCUGUCAUCUUCUAGUUCUCAUACAAUCGAGUCAUCCAAAAAAAACGGCUCAAUUACAUUCAAUGACAGUAUUGUAAUCGAUGAUACUUCUGAAUCUGAUACGGGCGGGCCCCAUGAUGGAUAUGAAAAUGAUUAUGAUAUAGAUGGAAUUGAAGAAGUCGAUGAAGAACUAGACGAUGAAGUCAUUGAAGAAGAAGAUGAUGAUGACGAUGUGGUUAUUCUUGAAGAACGGAACUUGGGUACUGCCAAUAUCAGAGGUAGAAAUAAUUCUGAUUCUGCCCUAUUCAUCAAUAAUGAUGAGGAAGAAUGUGCAUAUAACAUGUUCAAUGUUCAUAGUAAUAAUAAUAAUAAUCAGGGGGGAACAAAUUAUAAUUAUGAUAAUUCAUCAACAAUUAUAAAGAAGCAAAGAACAAGUUCAUUGCCUCAAUUGCCACAAGUGAGAUGUUUUUAUAAUCGGAUUUCCCCGGCUAUUAUCAGUAAAGUACCUAAAUUGGGCAAUAUUAAACCCACAAUAAUCCCCUAUGAAUCAGAUGAUAUGAUCAAUUGUGAUGAUAAUGAUGGUCAUUAUAUCAUCAAAAUCAAUGAAACUUUUGCCAAUAGAUUCUUCAUUGUAAGAUUAUUGGGUCAAGGAACAUUUGGUAAAGUGAUUGAAUGCUUUGAUAAACAAAAAAAUGAAAAAUGUGCCAUUAAAAUUAUAAGAAAUAUUCCAAAAUAUCGAGAUGCAGCCAAAAUUGAAUUAAGAAUUUUACUGACUUUGAAAAAAUUCGAUAAUGAUAAUAUGAAUCAUUGUAUUCAUUUAAAAGAAUGUUUUGAUUAUCGUGGUCAUAUUUGUAUUGUAACAGAUUUAUUGAAAAUAUCAUUAUAUGAUUUUUUGGAACAAAAUAAAUUUAUUAGUUUCCCCGGAUCUCAUAUUCAAGCAAUUCUGAAACAAUUGAUUAGAUCAAUUACAUUUUUACAUGAUUUAAGUUUAAUUCAUACUGAUUUAAAACCAGAAAAUAUUUUACUUUAUGAUGAUUCAUUUACUAAAAGGAAAUUAAAUUCUCAUACAAUUCGUUCAAGUUAUGAAUCAUUAAAGAAAAAAUUAAAGAAAUUUCCAAAAUUUUUGAAAGUUUUAAAUGAUCCAUCAAUUCAAAUCAUUGAUUUUGGUAGUGCGAUAUUUAAUGAUGAAUAUCAUUCAUCAAUUGUAUCUACAAGACAUUAUCGAGCUCCAGAAAUCAUUUUGGGUACUGGAUGGUCAUUCCCCUGUGAUAUGUGGUCUACUGGUUGUAUACUUGUAGAAUUGAUCAUUGGUGAACCAUUAUUUAAAACUCAUGAUAAUCUUGAACAUUUAGCAAUGAUUGAAAAAAUUUGUGGAUGUAAAAUAGAUUCUCAUAUGGUUAAAGUAUCAAAAAAUUUCCAAAAUGAAUGUGGAUUAAAAUAUUUUGAUAUUAAUAAUGAAUUAGAAUUUGCUGAAUCUAUAAAUACUCCCUUAAGAUUUAUUGAAUCUGUUGAACGAGUUGAUAGAAUUGAUUUAUUUAUAAGUUCAAAAUUAGGUUUAGAAAUUGAUUUUGAUUAUUCAUUAAAUGAAAAUUUUGAUAGAAAUCGUCAUUUAAUUGAUUUUGGAAACUUUACAUUUUGGUGGUUUUUAAUUGAUUUAAUUCGAAAAUUGUUUAUCAUAAGUCCAAAUAGAAGACUUACUGCUUAUGAGGCAUUACAACAUCCUUGGUUUAAUUUAGGAAUUGAAGAUGAAGGGACUAUUCCGGUUAAGAUUUAGAGAGGUAUAAAUUAGUAAGAGAGUAUUACACUCUCUGUAUUACUUCCCCUACAGGUUAGGGAUUUGAAAGGAUUAUCGGGAUAAUGAUUGAAACAUCAUCUUCAAAUUUCUUUUGAAAGAGAGUCUGGACUUUUAAUUUGACAUCUUUUACUUGUUGCAGGUUACUGGCCCCAACGGCACAACUCCUUAACUACGGAAUAACGACCGUUGGCCAGAAAGCUGUUGAGAAAAGUAGGUCAGGAUAGUUGCAUGAACAAGCGUCCAUCACCCUGUUACCGGUAAUAUGAUCUACAGGGGCGCGGUAGAGAUCGGUCUUUUUCUUUUUUUUUUCUUUUGGGUUUUCUUGACUAUUUUUUUUAGUUCAUCUGGGUGUGUAUAUUUUGGGAUAUUUUAUAGGAUUAUGCUAACAUAGUUGGUAGAAAGGGCGUAGUGAAACGGAACCGUUAUGCGUACUUGGUGACG